GUCUGCAAUCCAGUUCCGGGCUACAGCACUAUCGCCUUAUCUUCACAGCCCUUGCUCUUGCCAGGCACCGGCACAGUAAAUCAGCGCUUACUAGUGAUCAUAAUGGAUUACUCACCUUGCAGCCUGUCACCUUCGAUAAGUGAAGCCACAGUUCGCACGAUCUUCCUGGGUUCCAACGGUGAUGGCAAGAGUGGCGUCGCACGGACAUACACACGGUGCUCGCACGGGAAAUUGAACCUUAACUCCACGGCAUUUAAGGUGGUUGUCGUGAGGAACAACUGCACGGCCUCGGUGACGAAGUCGUGUGCCUAUUGGGACAUUGCCAAGGACGGGGACACCAGAGCGAAGGAGCUACUGGGAGAUGUUGUGUUUUCGAGCUUCACCAAUCGGGCGUACAUUCUUCCACCAGGAAUGAACAUGGUGUGCCCCUGGCCGGGUCUGGCACUCGUUCCGGGGACACAGAUGUGGCUGCAGACCUCGGCCUAUGGUGUUUACCAGGUAUCCACAAUCAUGCAACAGACAGUCCAUAACUACGGUCUCUGGCACUCUUGGCAGAAUGGCUGGGAGUAUGCUGACCGUUCCACCCCCAUGGGCACCGGAAAUACCUGCCUCAAUGCCCCCGAAAUGGCAUACAUGGGCUGGGCCACACCUGCACCAGGCGGUGGUCGUAUUGACUCAGAAGCACUGCCAGUGGGCACUGCUCUCACAUUCAGCCUGCCAGCCACCUAUUUAUCCCCGGAGGAGAACUACAUUCGGGUUGCUCCUGACUGGCUAACGUCGUACAGAAGCAGCUCCGUAGCCACGAACCUGUACAUUGCCGUACGAGUCAACAAGAGUGGGGACGCGUUAUUGCCAUCAUUCUAUGCGAACAAAGUGAAUAUUCACGAAGUGAACGCGUCCCUGGACAAUAAUUGGAGUAGUACCUCCAUCUACACGGACCGUAAAAUUUCCUUUAUCAGCGCCGUCACGCCCUUCAGUCGAGCGAACAUGAUUGCCUACAAGAUUAUUGUGUACGGCGGAUCCUGGGUUGGCGGUAAAGACGUCCUCAGAGUGCACCUCUGCCGCUACAGGUCUAGCCCUGACGAGUGUCCAUCUCUUAAUUUCCUGGAGGCGCGUACCUUACCUCCGCCAAGACCACCAAAGCCGCCGUCACCCACCCCGCCAUCAUUGCCGCCAAGGCCAUCACCUCCGUUGCCGCCUAAGCCUCGAUCGCCUCCCAGCACUCGAAUGCCACCUAGACCGCCCAGGCCGCCACCCCCGAGCCCAACUCAUCCCCCCCCCAACUCCCCCCCCAUUGUCUCCUAG